AUGAACCCCUUCACCUUCCUCACCCAAUCUCGGGCAAACGCAGCCUGGCACCCAGUUGGCCUCGCUUCCGCGCUCCCUGAUUUGGACCUCGAUAAGGACGCCUAUUGGAUCGCGCCGAGGUGCAAAGCUUUCAGCAUUCCGAAAAAUGAGGGCAGCGCGGAAGUUAAACCCCCGGUAGAAGCAGAUCUUGAUAUGCCGGGAGACAUGAAGGAUCAGGUUCUUGUCUUCAAAUACAAGGGCAAAAUCCAUGCCGUUGAUCAUCAAUGCCCGCACUCGUCAUUCCCACUUUCCCAGGGCAAAAUCUUUGAUAUUGAAGAUUUUGGAAUCACCCUUAGCAGUGGCAUUCAAUGUCCCAAGCACGAUUGGUCAUUUGAUUUAUUCACUGGACGAGCAGAUCGCGGGAGCUACUCGCUCAAGUUGUGGGAGGUACAGCUGCGUGAUCCCCCGUCAUCAGAUGAAUCCAAGAGCGAGGACAAGGAGGUUUGGGUUCGGCGCAAGCAAAGAAUUGGUUAA